GCCGGGCCGGAGCCCCCUGCAGACCAACAGGAGCGAAGAGCAGCUCGGGCAGCCGCUGAACAGAGGGAACCGCCCGCCCAGCGGGAACGGCAGCAGGCGCGGAAGCCCUCCCCUUGUCCGGUUAACCGUCCGAAGCAGCUCCAGCGAUUUCAUCGGCUUUCCCUCAGGGCCGCCGUUCCAGAGCCGGCCGGCGGGGACAAACGUCAGUCCCCGGCCGAGAGCAGAGGCCAGCGGCCGGCCCACCCCUUCCGGCAACGGCUGCCCUGGCAACGGCUGCCGCUACACCUCGGCCGUGAGCGAGGCUGAGGGGCUGCUGAGGCGUCUGGCCAUGGCCGAGCCUGGCGGGGAGCCUGAACAGAGCCCCCGGCUACCCCAGGGGGGCCCUGGGCGGCUGCCUUCUGAGCACUCUCAACCCGGAGGACAAUCUUACCGGCCUCAGCAGUUAGAACCGGGAGCAGCUUCCAAGUACCAGGAGGGAGCAGAAGAAAGCUCUUACAAGCAACAUGUGCCAGACAUAAACUUCAGUCAGAUACACACACUGGGACAAGACUCUCAUCAGGCACAGGAGGUAAGCGUGUAUCAGACAUACCCGCUAGGAACUCAGGAACCAAGAGGUGCCUAUCAGACAUACGGCGGACGUGAUCGCUACCAAGCCUAUGAACGUGAGCACGGACCUUAUUUACCACAUGAACCAGGCUAUGGACUAUAUCAGCCAGGCUACGGUCCAUAUGAUGAUCAAACACCAGAUCCUGAACACCGAAUGCUGGCAUGUCAGAAUGCAAAAGCCUAUUUGCUGAAGAGCAGCAUAACAUCCGGCCUGAACUUAUAUGAUCAUCUUGUUAAUGUGCUAACAAAAAUCCUGGAUGAACAGCCCACGGAUCCAGUAGACAUACUUGAGAACAUUAGCAAGGAUUUGAAGGCAGCUCAGUUUCAGAAAAAAAUGGAUACUCUUCGAGACGAACAUGAGAUUCUUCCAUCAUUUGAAUCUGCAGAAAUGCGCAGAAACUUGUUCCUCAAGUCAGAUGGAGGAGAUGAAGAACAAGAAGAAGAGCUAGGAGGGACUCCUCUACCUAACAUGAUGGAAACAGCCUUUUAUUUUGAACAGGGUGGAAUUGGCUUGAGCAGAGAUGAAACCUAUCUCAUAUUUCUUGCCCUUAAAAAACUUGUUAGUGUUCAGCCAAUCCAGACCUGUCGCUUCUGGGGCAGAAUUCUGGGCCGGGAGAAGAACUAUAUUAUAGCUGAAGUUCAGUACCGUGAGGGGGAAGAGGAGGAGGAAACAGAAGAGGAAGAGAUUAUUGACGAAGGAGACAAAAGAAUGGAUUUGGUCGAAGAUGAAGAUGAGGAAAAAGAAACAAGUGAACCACCAAAGUCUACCUAUAAGCCCCCACCUGUCAUUCCAAAAGAAGAAAAUGGAACUGGGGCUAAUAAAUAUGUCUACUUUGUUUGUAAUGAGCCAGGCGAGCCCUGGGUGAAGUUGCCUCCAGUGACACCAGCACAGAUUGUCUGUGCCAGGAAAAUCAGGAAGUUUUUCACUGGUAGGCUUGAUGCUCCCAUUGUGAGCUUCCCUCCUUUCCCUGGAAAUGAAGCCAAUUACCUGCGUGCACAGAUAGCUCGGAUCUCAGCAGGAACUCAUGUCAGUCCCCUUGGAUAUUACCGGUUUGCAGAGGAAGAAGGAGAUGAAGAUGAGGAAGGGGGAGGAGGAAGAAAUGACUAUGAAGAAAACCCUGAUUUUGAACCUCUUUCUGCAUUUGAAAUGGUGGAGUCUCUGUCUACGUGGGUACACCAUGUACCGAGUAUUUUAAAGCAGGGUCGCUGUGUUUGGUUUAACCCUUUACAAAAAACAGAGGAAGAAGAAGGUGAAGAGGAGGAGGAGGAGAAGGAUGAGGCGCCAGAUGAACUACAGCAAGAAAUAGGACCUCCUCUUCUCACUCCACUCUCUGAAGAUGAAGGAAUUCAAAACAUCCCUGCUUGGACAGCUUCACUUUCUCCAAAGCUGACCCCUCAAUAUGCUGUUGCAAUCCUUCGGUCAAACCGAUGGCCUGGAGCAUAUGCUUUUGCAUGUGGCGCGAAAUUCGGCAAUAUCUACUUUGGCUGGGGGCACAAAUACAGCCUGGGAAACCAUACACCUGCACUGCCUCCACCUGUGCAGCCUGAGUACCCCGAUGGGCCGGAGAUCAGGGAGGCCGCAGACCCCACGGUGCAAGAGGAGCUGGCUUUCAAGGCAGCACAGGAACAAAAAGCUCUAGAAGGCAUGGAAGGAGAGGAGGAAGAGGAGGAGGAAGAAUUUGAGGAAGGUGACGAGGAGGAGGAUGAUUAAAAUAGAGGGAGAAAAAAUGCUUCAAAAAUUCAAACGCUAGUUUAAUAGGAGGACGAUUAAAAUACAGAGGAAAAAAAAACGUUUUAAAAGUUUAAACGUUAGUUUAUUAGUGUAAUAAAGCAACUGCAAAGUA